AUGAAAGAACGUCAACUUAGCGUAGUCGUGGUACCUUGGGUACGCCCUUUCUUCUCCGAAUUUUGUGUUUAUUCUGCUGUUAUGCAACAGCCUUCAAGAAUAAUUUUCUUAUGGGAUACCUUUUUAAGGAUGAUUUUAAUUCUGUUACUAAGUUGAUUCUAAUUUUUAUAUUGUCAAUCUUGUUUUUGUUUUGCCCAAACUUGACUGUCAGACCAAGAAAUUUAAGUCAGAAAGACAUUUCGUAAAGCGUAAACACCGCGAAGGUAUCUAUUGAGCAUGCGAACUCCGUUUUGCGUGGCCCAACGUGAUUCGCUAUUUAAGUGUAAAAACAUGACGAAGGUUAGAGACUGACAGCUCAGUAAGUGUCAAAUUUGUAAACGGUGACCCACACUUUCCUCGAGAGAUCAGAGCUAGUCCCCGUUGUAAUAACUAGUGCAGUAAGAAGGAAUAAAGAAAGAGACAACAAGACUACGAGUUUUAGAGUAAUUUUACUCUUAACAAAAUGCAUCGUUAGCCCUCAAAUACAGAAGCCAAGGGGAAGGGGUAAUCACAAGAUUGACCUCUGCCCCAUAGCAGUCCGAUAUAUAGCGAAAUUAUCUUCAGAAAAGGAAACUUGAACGAAUCUAAGAUAGAUUUAUCUUUUCUUCGUGAGGUCUACUUUUCCCUUCAUCUUGUCGAAUAGGAAGAGCAGAUAUUUAAGGAGGACACAGCCAUUAUCAGGGCAAAGAACAACAACAUGAUCUUAAUGUUAUCUAGAGGAAACUUGACUGAAGAGAGCAAAGAAAAAGGAAAACAAAAAGACCUAAUCAAUAGGAACCUCACAUUUCUGUGCCUUGUACAAGAGGUUUCAAGUAGUUAGGUAAGAAUGUCUCGAUUAGGUUUAUUCUUUUAACUAAAUGAUGUGCAGUUUACCUAUCCAUGUCUUUUUCACCAAUAAUCUUCAAAGUGAAUUUCAAGGGAUUUUCUUGCUUCAAUUUUAUUUGACUAGAAGUUGCAGAAAGGGCAUGGCAGGUGGCUUCAUCCCUUUGACCUCAAAGAUCCAAUUAGUAAUUCUCCCAACCGACUACCAUACAUUUCUCUAUAAAUGCAACUAGUGAAUUAUGUGUGAUAACAGAAUGAUACCAUCAACUGAUAAGCUUGUCUUUUCUCAUAACCUUCUACAAGAUAACAUAUCGGAAUUCAGAAGAAGAAUUUACAUGUUAAUCAACUCUUGGAGCUUAAGCCGUAAAGACGAGCGAGGUAACUUGGUGUUGUAUCAGAAUAAUACCCUCAGCUCAUAAGUUUGUCUUUUCUUUCUACAAGAUAAUAUAUUUGAAUCGUAAGGAGAAUUUACAUGUUAAUCGCCUCUUGGAGUUGUAGGGUGAAGGCACAGGAAUUGAUAUCUAAAGUUUCCAGGCCCUAACCAUUCACUCUGGCGCUCCACGAGAUUUGUUUCUCAGAAGUCUUAAAAACAUGUUCUUCCCUGUGCUUUGUAAACAACCAACUGGUUUACCUUAAUGACGAGGUAAGAUGAACCUCUCUAACAAUUUUGAUGAUAUUUAUGUUUGUACAACAUACCCAAUUACCUAUCAGAUUAAUUAGCUGCCCUUUUUGUUACAUUUACCAAUGAUAAUCAAUUGAUACACUGUACACAGUCGCAGUAAUUCCAGGUACUUGACUUGUGCUGAUUGCAUGCAAUUUUAAGUUAUACUCUAUUAACUCUUCAAAUCCUAACAUCAGUGUGCAAUUUCUCUAUACUGUCCUCUAUACGUUUCCAAGGAGAAUUUGUGUAACAAUCUAGAGUUUCUUUUAUUGGUGAUAAUUUCCUUUAUUCUCCUGACCGACCGAAUAGUUCGUGAACGCGGCAGACCGUUUCGGCGUUAGCCUGUCUAAUUAGUCUUUGCGUUCCUCGUUUGGCCUGAUCAUGCAUAUAGCGGCGUGUUUUUUUUUUUUUUUUUUUUUUUUUUUUUUGCGUAGUGGAGAAGAACGCUGUGUGUGACAAAACUGCUGAGAAGUUAUAGCCCCGCAUAUGUGGCGGAAUAUUUCGUUUCGUUUCGGCGUUAGCCUGCGUGGAAGUAAUUAUUCCAGGAGAGUGUUGAGUUGUUCUCCGGUCAAAAUUUGCAUGUACUGUUUUGCAGGUUUUGAAACAUUGUAAAAACAAUCGACUCUUAAACUAGUCUUUAGACUCUAAACAUUAUGUUGCUUCCGCUAAUUUUUCUGAAACGUCAGUUACUUCCGAUGAACUGAGUUUUUUUCAAGAGUCCCCUUACCAGGAAAAUCAGAAAACUAAAACUAUUCCAACUCCUGGGUUCAAUGAAACUACGAAAUGAAAUAUUCCGCCACGUGUGCCACACUAUAACCUCCCAGCAUUUUUGUCACGCACAGCGGUCUUCUCCACCACGCAAAUAAACACACCACUACGUGCAUGGUCAGGCCAAACGAGGCACGCAAAGACUAAUUAAACCGCUCACUUUCAGUUUGUUAUAAACGAUUCCUUCUCCUAUUUCAUUUUCCAUUGCAUAUUUUUCUUUUAAUCUCUGUCGUUAAUUCCUUUGCAUAUGUAAUCGCAAGUACCUUCGCUGCGCGAUUCGGGCAAUUUGGGAAAAACUUUGAAAAUACAAGGUGAAAUUAAUCCUUAAUUGCCCGAGGGCACUUGCGAACACCUGUUUGUCACAUAGAGAGCUCUAUUUUUCGAGGGGAUUGCACGUGCGAGGGGUCAAUACGUCCUUCAAUGUGAUUGGUCACAAAAACUUAGCUGUUAUGGGCUUUGUUAUGUCUUCGCGGAAUCAAAAAUUAUUAUUCACAAUUGUCUGUUUGUGCUCGUUGCUUGAAUAAUCUGUUCUUCAAGGCGAUCGUGAUGGAACCUCUCGUAGAAAACCUCAAGAAGCAAGUCACAUGUUCAAUUUGUCUCGAUACUUACUCAGACCCGAAAAUAAUUUCGUGCUUCCACACUUUUUGUUGCAAGUGUUUGGAGGAACAUGCAAGAAACACCCAAAAACAAGGCAAAUUCAGUUGCCCCGAGUGUCAAGCAGAUAUCGAAUUACCAGAAGGAAAUCGCUUCGACCGUUUGCCCACCAGCUUUCACCAAAAUAGUUUGGUAGGUCUCCUUGAAACGGAAGAUCGCGAGGCCUUGCUCAAGCCGCCAUUUUGCUCGCAACACAAGAACGAAAGACUACGAUAUUUCUGCUUUUCCUGCGAAGCGUGUAUUUGUCCUGUUUGCUUCGCCGAAGAUCACCGAGGCCAUGAGUUCGACGUUAUUGAAAAAGCACUACAGGAGGAUAAGAAAUACAUCAUGUUGAAUGUCGACACCAUCAAGGAAGAGGCAAAAUUGUUUCGAGAAGAGAUAAAAAAGCUUGAGAAAACCUCUGAGGAUGUUGAAGUGACUAUCGCAGUCGCUAAACAAGAAGUGUCUGAGGCAGCUCAACACGUGAUCACAAAGAUGCGACAGCAAGAAAAACAGCUCUUAGACUCCUUAGAAAUGACGCGUAGAAAGAGAAUAGAGCGAAUUCACUCAGCAAAGCAAGAACUGGAAUCGCUGGUAAAACAAAUGAACCAAGCGGCUGAGUUUGCGGAAAAUCUGGUGCAGAGAAGCUCAGGCUUGAAUAUUAUACAGACCAAGACAACUUUGAAGCAGAAAUUCCAAGAGCUUCGAGGAGUUGAGAUUUCAAGGCAUCAUCUGACAACAUUUGUCAAAUUUACCGCAGCAUCGCAACAACACUUGAAACUGGGUUUUAUUCAACUCACCGAGAAACCGGCAAAAGCCGCUAAAUCAACUAUAGAAGGAUUGGAUCGAACUUUCCAGGCUGGUGUAGAAGCAGAGUUCACGCUAUGUCCAAAAACAGCAGACGGAGAGAUUAGUAACCAGGCUGAUCUUAACGAUCAAGUUGAAUUCCUGAUAAAACCCACCCAAGAUGUCACAAACGUGACUGUUCAAGGAAGAGAAGACGGCAAUCUAAAACUGAAGUUUACACCUAUAGUGCCUGGCGCCUACAGCGUUGAGGUGAAGAUUAAUGGCGAAAAGCUUCCGACCUGUCCGUUCGCUUUACCAGUGAAAGAACGUCAACUUGUCAUAGUCGGUGAAUUGGACUUGAAGUUCAACCAAGGGCAGAAGCUUAAGGGACCCACCGGAAUCGCCGUAAAUAGGCAAGGAGACAUAGUUGUUGUAGAUAAUCUUGGACACUGUGUUUUUGUAUUCAAUAAAGAAGGGAACUGUUUAAAACAAAUUGGAAAAGAGGGAACAGAUCCUGGACAAUUCAAAUGUCCCACCGGAGUGUUACUUUUAAACGACCACGAAGUUCUUGUUGCAGAUGCGUUAAAUAAUAGAAUACAACACAUAAAUAUCCAGACAGGAACUGUUUUGAAAACCUUUGGAAAAAAAGGUGAGAGAAAAGGAUACUUUAUGGCUCCAUGUUCUGUGCACCUCGAUCACGCAGAACGUUUUGUUGUCACUGAAUUGCAUAACAAUAGAGUUCAAGUAAUGUCAAAAGAGGGCGAAGCUCUAUUCACAGUAGGAGACAGCGGUCCAGAGAAACUCAGUACACCAUACAGCUGCAUUCAUUACAAAAACAUUUUCCUGGUAACUGAUAGAGACAAACACUUCAUAAAAGCAUUCGAUGCGUCAAACACUUUCCUGUACAAGUUUGGCAAAAAAGGGAAUCAAGACGGACAGUUCAACGUACCCUGUGGCAUGUGUUUAGACGGCUCCAAUAACCUUCUCGUUUGUGACUCAAGCAAUAACAGAGUUCAGCAGUUUUCUUUGGACGGUCGCUUUACGGGCAAAACUAUCGUUCCUUUACUAGGUCCACGUCGAAUUACAACAGCGCCAGAUGGGCGUAUACUAGUCUCUUGCAAAGUAGCGAAGAAAAUAUACAUUCUGAGGUAA